AUGAUCCCCGGUAGCCCUUAUACUACCCAGUACCCAAAUUUCAUUUGGCGUUGGCUCAAGUCUACCAGAAAGGGUAAAGACCUUUUUGCACCUUUAUUUUACAUUUUAAAUAAAACCAAAUUAUAUGACCACGUGCUCAAGCACAACAAUAGAUAUUGGAUGUUUAUAAUGGCAGGGGGGUGUUUAUCGUCUUACACACUGAGCGAGACUUGUAACAAUAUUUGGAAAAGUAUUAACAAGGGAAAGCUAGUAGCGGAUCUGCCCUAUACUUAUCCAGUCGAAGAUUAA